AUGAAGUUCCCCGGGAAGCCCAGGAGCCACAGAGCUGCUUUUCUGCCUCUCUGCUGGCUACUUUGGAAGAUCCUGCAGCCAGGACACUGCCACCCUUACGACAACCGCUAUGCUGGUGAUAAACUGAUAAGACUCGUUCCCAACACUGAAGAGGAAGCAUCUGCACUGAGGAGCAUGUACCACCGACUCAAGGUGGACCUGUGGCAGCCCAGCAGCAUCUCCUAUGUGUCAGAGGGGACAGUCACUGAUGUCCGUAUUCCCCAAAAUGCUUCCAGAACUCUGUUAGCCUUCCUACAGGAAGCCCGCAUCCAGUACAAGGUCCUCAUAGAAGAUCUUCAGAAAGCUGUGGAAAAUGAAAACAGCUUCCAAACCCAGAGGAGCAGAAGAUCCUUGUCUGAAUACAACUAUGAGGUUUAUCACUCCUUGGAAGACAUUCAAAGUUGGAUGCGCCAUCUGAACCAAACUCAGCCAGGCCUUGUCCGGGUAUUCUCUAUUGGAAGAUCGUACGAAAAAAGACCUCUCCUUAUCUUACAGCUGGGCAGAAAAUCACAAGCCUACAAAAAGGCAGUCUGGAUAGACUGUGGCAUUCACGCGAGAGAAUGGAUCGGCCCUGCCUUUUGUCAGUGGUUUGUUAGAGAGGCCCUUCUGACCUACAAGACUGACCCAGCCAUGAGAAAAAUGUUGAACCAUCUGUAUUUCUAUAUCAUGCCUGUGUUUAAUGUUGAUGGAUACCACUUCAGCUGGACACAUGAUCGAUUCUGGAGAAAGACAAGGUCAAGAAACUCCAGGUUUCGCUGCCGCGGAGUUGACGCCAAUCGAAACUGGAAGGUGAAAUGGUGUGAUGAAGGGGCCUCCGCACACCCUUGUGAUGAUACAUACUGUGGUCCUUUCCCAGAAUCGGAGCCGGAAGUGAAGGCUGUGGCUGACUUCCUUCGGAAACACAGGAAGCGCAUUAGGGCCUACCUGUCCUUUCACGCCUAUGCUCAGAUGUUGCUGUAUCCCUAUUCUUACAAACACGCAACAAUCCCCAAUUUUAGCUGCGUGGAAUUUGCAGCUCACAAAGCCGUGAAGGCACUUCGGUCGGUACAUGGAAUACGAUACAGACACGGCCCUGCCUCCCAAACAUUGUACGUAAGCUCUGGGAACUCGAUGGAUUGGGCUUAUAAAAACGGAAUACCCUAUGCAUUUGCUUUUGAACUUCGAGACACUGGGCAUUUUGGAUUCUUAUUGCCGGAGAUGCUCAUAAAACCCACGUGCAUAGAGACCAUGCUGGCUGUGAAGAAUAUCACCAUGCAUCUGCUAAAGAAAUGCCCUUGAGAGAAACGCGAGUCUGCUCUGCCAACCCGGAGAAAGCCGGGGCUGACCUAAAGGCAGCUUGGCAAAAGGAACUGUUUACACUGGAAGGAUCUGUGGACGUUAAAGGAUCUUUUCAUGCAAUUUGGCACUUUGUAACAAUAGAAAAUUAGGACACAGCCUACUUUGGUAUGAGAAGAAAAUCCACUUUAUAUCCCUUUAGAGUCUUAUUUGAUUAUAGGAGGGGAAGGAAAUGUUUUCAAAUUCCUUUGUUUCAAGAAGUAUGCAAAUUAGUUGAGGAUUGCCCUUCAAUCAACCUCCAUGCCCUUGAUCAAGAUCUAGGCUACCAAUGGCAUUUAAUUACUUGGUUCUUAUU